CGACGUGCGCACCGAGGAAGACGACAAGGUGCAGAGUUCGCUGCAAUGAUGGCAGCAAACUUGGGUGUCACGUUGGAAGAGUAUGAGGAGUUGCAGCGUCUCCUCGAGACUGGCGACGAUGAGGCGCUCUUCGCUGGUCUGCUGCAGGCUGCUCGUGGAGACAUCGACCGAGUCUCCGAGAUGGAGCAGGUCUUGUCGGCGUUUGGCCUUCUUUAGGCAUUUGUUCUGUCUGUGUGCUUGUUUCUCUCCGUUCCUUUGGUCUCUCCCCUUUCCCUUUCCUGGUGUCGCCCACUUUGAAUCCGCCUGUUUGUGUCGCUGUCUCUUCAUUUCCGCAUGUUUUUUUCUUUUCCUCUGGUGCCGUGCUUGGCGUUGUCGUGUACGCCUGCAUCAGGCGAUGUUUAUGGUUGCGCGUGUGUGCUUGGUUGGGAGCGCAUGCGGCGUGUUUUCGGUGUGUCUGGCGGUAUCCGCCUUCGUCAGGCGAUGGGGUGCGGCCCGGACAUCUCAGUGGAUGGUUUCUUGAGGUAAAGGCGGUUGGGGCUGGCAUUGGCGCCGGCACUGGCUGCAGCCACCGGGG